AUGGAAGCUACGAUACUUACAGUUCAUUGGCACAAUGACAAUCAGCCAAUUUAUUCAGUUGAUUUCCAGCCAGAACAACCAGAGUUGGCCAAUUCGUCAACAUCGAUGUCUACUGAGUCGACAAGAUUGGCAACAGGAGGAGGUGACAACAAUAUCAGAAUCUGGAGACUAACCUCUUCAAACUCAGUGGAAUACAUGAGCACAUUACAAAAACAUUCUCAAGCAGUCAACGCAGUUCGGUUCAAUCCUCGAGGUGACAUCUUAGCGUCAGCAGGUGAUGAUGGAACAUUACUAUUAUGGAAGAAGAGUGAAGCUAUAGUAAAAACAUUAGAGUCAGAAGACGAUGAGGAUUUAAAGGAAAGCUGGCAAGUUGUUGGCACAAUUCGAUCAAGUACAGCGGAGAUCAUGGAUAUCUGUUGGUCGCCCAACGGAGACCAAAUUGUCACAGGGUCAAUGGACAAUAUUCUCCGUAUCUAUCAGUUGGAAUUCUCUUCUGGAAAAGUUUCUGGCACAAUUAUUCGGAGUUUUUCUGAUCACACUCAUUACAUACAAGGUGUGUUUUGGGAUCCUUUGAACAAGUUUAUUGUUAGUCAGUCAGCCGACCGUAGUGUUAAUGUGUAUCUAAUACUGCAAUCCGAGUCGAAGAGUAUCGAAAUAAAUUUGAAACAGAAAUUUCAAAAGUUUGGCAAUUUAUAUUUGUAUUAUCCAGAAACUUUGCAGUCCUUUUUUAGAAGAUUGGCUUUUUCACCAGAUGGUUCUAUACUAGUGACACCUGCUGGGUUGGAGGAAACAUCAAAUAAUGAAACUUUGAAUAAUGUUCUUUAUAUAUACUCACGUGCAAGUCUAUUUACCUCACCAAUUUACAAAAUAACAGGAUUGAGUAAGCCCGCAAUAGCCGUCAGCUUCAAUCCAAUCAGAUACAAACUAGAUGGCACUUCAACGCUAAAGUUACCUUACAAAUUGGUAUUUGCAGUGGCGACACAAGAUGGCGUCGUUCUUUACUCCACACGGGACAACUUCAAGCCUUUGGGCCUUGUUUCUAAUUUGCAUUAUAGCUCUAUUACUGAUUUGAAAUGGACUAUUGAUGGUUCUAGAAUUAUUGUUAGUUCAACAGAUGGGUUUUGUUCCACAAUUAACUUCCCUGAUAGUGCAUUUGGUGAGCGAUAUACUGAUGGCCAAGUUAGUGUGCCCCAUAAUAAUGGCAUUUUACUUGAAGAAAUACUGCAAGCAAAAACUGAACUGAAUCUUGAAUCUGCCGUUUCGUCAGAGAUACCCAAUGAAAACCUGCCAAAUCCAAAAAAUGAAAAUUCCCAAAGUUCUACCCCUCCUAUUGAUUUAUUCUUUGACAAGAACCAAAAAGUGAAGAAGAGAAUAACGCCAACACUAAUACUGUAG